CAGCUGGAUGCAGCCGGGCGCGCGCGCCCGCUCCACGCCGAGGCGCGCGCCCUCUCCGGUCAGAGCCAUAGGCUGCCCAUUAGAGGACUAGAGGACUAGACCCAGUUCCUAACUUCCCCGGCUCCAUUCCCGUCGUCUCGGCCCCCCACCCGCACCACCUGCCACGAUUCCCGCCCGGAGCGGCUGCGUUAUUCCGGGGUUUGUGUCGCGCCUCGGUCCGCGGAGCAGGCGCUCCGUGCUGGUGUUGGUGGCCGUGGUCGCCAUGGCUCUGCUGCUGCUGGCCGUGGCCGUCCCGCUGCUGCUGCUGCGCUCCUCCGACUCCUCCGCGCAUCACUUCGAGAUGAUGGGCACCUGCCGGAUGGUGUGCGACCCCUACAAGCCCAAGCCCGGGGGCCAAGCCACGGCCAUGGAGGUGAUCCAGGGGGUCGCGCCACCGCCGCAGCCGCCCAUGGCGCAGGGGAGCCGCGGGGAGCCGGGGAGACCCGGCAAGCCGGGACCCAAGGGGCCCCCUGGAGAGCCGGGGCCGCCGGGCCCCCGGGGGCCCCCGGGGGAGCGCGGAGGCGGCAAUGCCGGUGCCGGUGACGGCGGCACCAAACUCGGCUUCCCCGCCAGGGCUGCGGACAACGAGCUGGACGGCACCAACUCCACGGCGGGAUCCGGGUUCCGGAUCGCCUUCUACGUGGGUCUGAAGAACCCGCACGAGGGAUACGAGGUGCUGAAGUUUGACGACGUGAUCACAAACUUGGGGAACAAUUACGACUCGAGCACCGGGAAGUUCACCUGCCAUGUGUCCGGGAUCUACUUCUUCACCUACCAUGUGCUGAUGCGCGGAGGGGACGGGACCAGCAUGUGGGCCGACCUGUGCAAGAACGGACAGGUCCGGGCCAGCGCCAUCGCCCAGGACGCAGACCAGAACUACGACUACGCCAGCAACAGCGCCGUGCUGCACCUGGACUCUGGAGACGAGGUCUACGUCAAACUGGACGGCGGCAAAGCGCACGGAGGCAACAACAACAAGUACAGCACCUUCUCCGGGUUCAUCCUCUACCCCGACUAAGGCUGAAGUCACUGCAGAAAUGUGUCCCCAAGCAAAGCCCAGAUGUUUCUUUCUCACCUGAAACUGUAUGAAAGAUCCUUUUGUAUAUAAGAUGUAUUUAUUUGAACUUUAUUCAAAUGGAGGUUGGUGUGAUGUGAGAAAACAGAUGUUUUAUGUAAUUAAACCCCCCUUUAAAGGAGCAUGAGGCAGGAUUUAUGAAAAAAAUGCAUAUACAUUUUAAGUUUUCUAGUAAUAAUGUCAGAUGAAGCGCUCCAAACCAAAAAGAAUGAGCCCUCUAGUGUAUCUCUCUGUUGCCUUGAACAGGCUGUGUGCUGCAAAAUGUGCUGCAAUUCUGGGCCGGAAUUUCCCGCGCUGUCUUGUGGAUUUGACGUCAAAUGACGCUGCAUGCGCGUUCUCGGCGGCGCACAAGUAAACAUAUGCGUUUGAGUUAUGGAGGCAGCUUCAACUUGAAUUGGGACUGAAAACAGAUGCUGACAUGGCUCAUUUCCUACUGACCAGGUAAGAUAACAUUGUAAGUCAUAUUUAGAGCUUGAUUUGAAAAUCAAAUGAGAUUACACACGCGCUCCCGUGCCGGCUUCACUGUUGGCUGCAGGAACCCCGACGUCGUCGUGCCGCUAAUGAGUCUCAUUUCUUAUUCUUGCCUCAUGCUCCUUUAAAACAGCCUGCUAGUAAAUAUUAAUGGAUUAGCCCCCUAAAAUCUUACUUUGAGGAGAAUAUCAAGAAUAAAUGGCUGUUAUAAAACCAUAUCUAGGUACAUUGAAUGUAAGACACGCAGUAUUGAGGGUGAAGUAACUGUCAACAUUGAGCAUUGUAACAGCGUUAGAGGAAGCUACGGCCCAAAAAUGAAAAAUAAAAACGGCUUAACCUCAGCUUCAUUUUAUCGUGGCGUAAUAAAGCAAUUUCCAGGCCUCUUUUUGGAUAAAUUGUCGACUCAUUCUGCUGCUAGCUACAGAGCUAACUAGCUUUGUCGGCCUCGUCGAUAGCGAAGGAACACGUCCUGUUUCUGCAAUAAAACUCCCUUUUUGAACGACAUUGAGCCAAUUUCACGAAUUAAACUGUCCGAGAGAUGUGACCGAGCAGCUUUUAUCAUCGUUAGCUGGUUAGCACAUUAGUGGUGUGCUAACCAGCUAAAGCAGUUAAUCAUCUCGCCACGUUCUGAAGUAAGUAAUUAUAACCAAAAACAACAUACUCUUCAAAGACAACCGAUAUAAUACUGAUGUUUUUAACCACACUGUGUUGUUUCUACUUUGUACAACAGUUUUAUUCACGGUAUCGUUCACCAGACUAACACAUCAUGUUAGUCUGCUGUCAACUUAAACGUUAGCCUAGCAAUUUUCACGUGCAUUUAUCUUAUUUAUUUAUUUAAAAAGAAUGCACCAAUCAGAUUGGUUUCCAUCUAUAUCAUCUUUCCAAAUGAAACAUUACUCAGACUAAAACACACAUAAAUUACAGAGAAUCUAAAUAUUUUAAAUCAACUAUGUCUGAAUGCUUUGAUUGCUGUAAGUAUUGUUUUAAGACAGACGUGGAAAAAUAAAAGCCUGAACUCCACUGAAACUUUAUAACAUUGGUGGAGACUGAAAGGCAAAAGAAUUAAUAUCCCAAAAGCAUCGAUUUAGCACAGAAAAGUAUUCAAAAGAAGAGAA